AUGUGCCACUACAGCAACUACUAUGGUGGCCUCAGCUCUGGCUAUGGUGGCCUAGGCUGUGGCUAUGGCUGUGGUGGCUAUGGUGGCUACGGUCGCUAUGGCUAUGGCUGUUGCCGUCCCUUGUGCUGUAGGAGAUAUUGGACCUAUGGCUUCUACUGA